GUGAAAGUGUAAGUACACAGUGUACAGCAAGGAAUCAGAAUAAUCAGAUAGAAAUCAGUAUGUUUAUUUAUUUGUAUUAAAAGAUAUAAAAUGAAAAGAUCGAAGCCUUCUUGUAGUUCUCGUCCUUCUACUCCUAUUAACAAUAGCAGCUCUAACGAGAAUAGCGAAGACUGCAUUAAAACUAAAAAGAAGUAUUAUCAAACAUACAAUCGUAGAUGGGAAGAAGAAGCUGAUUUACGAGGAUGGCUUAAAUCUAGCGAAAAGGGGUCUUAUUUUGCUUAUUGUCACCCCUGUAAUGUUAAUAUUAACAUAAAAGGAGGGAAACUUCAAUUACGCCGUCAUGCAGAAAGGGUAAAACAUAAACAAGCUUGUCGGAGUAAACUGAAGCAGAAGUCUUUAAUAGAUAUGAUACCAACAACCGGAUUGGAGACCCAAUUAAAGAACUCCGAACUUAUAUUAUCUGCCUUCGUUGUGGAACAUAAUUUACCAAUAAGGAGACGGAAAAACCGGCCCUUAAUAUACAUUUUAGUAAAUUUAUUGUUUUUUACAUUACCUGUUUAGAUUUAUUGUAAUACGUAAAAUAUGUUUAUGUUUUUUGUUCCUUUUAUUUUUUAAUAAAAUAUUUUAAAAGAUAAA